AUCAGCAUCAGGUCAAAUAAUAAUCAUGGCGGAAAAUUUCUGUCAAAAGCAGCUAGAGACCUCGACGUUUUUCCAGGAAUCCUUGUGAAGCGAUCCAACGAUACGUCUACGAUGUUGUGGUUUGCAUAAGCGGACUGCACGGAAAUUGGAUCGAAUUAGGAGGAGACUUGUCAGCGGUACAAGAUGGCUUCCGGGGCAAACGUUGGGGAAGUUGUUGAUAACGGGGACUCUGGCGAAGGGACGUCGAGCAGCACGAGGAAAAAGCCUAGAGAGUCGACUGGCGAGGAGAGCGACGAGGAUGAAAAGGAAAAGGAAAGGCAAGACAGACUCAUGUCGUUGGACGGCACAGGAGCAAAACCUGUCGGUGGGGCACUGGGAAUCCAAAGAAACAAGUCGGAGCGAGAGCGAAAGAUUGGACAUCGGAGAGUUGGCGUUGGCGGAGAAAUCACGUACAAAAAAAUCCAAACGACGCAAAUCAUGGGUUCCAUUCAGCUGGGGAUCCAGCACGCGAUUGGAGGACUGGCGUCCAAGCCAGAGCGUGAUUUGCUCAUGCAAGACUUUAUGACUGUGGAAACCACUAAUUUUCCAAGUGAAGGAUCCAACCACACUCCGGCACACCAUUAUUCAGAAUUUAAGUUCAAAACUUAUGCCCCAAUAGCGUUUAGAUACUUUAGGGACUUGUUUGGCAUCCAGCCAGACGACUUUUUGAUAUCCCUUUGUAAUUCUCCAUUGCGGGAGUUGUCAAAUCCAGGUGCUAGCGGCAGUAUUUUCUACCUCACCACCGAUGAUGAAUUCAUCAUCAAAACUGUUCAACACAAAGAGGGCGAAUUUCUGCAAAAACUCCUUCCUGGAUAUUACAUGAAUCUGAAUCAGAAUCCGCGGACACUGUUGCCAAAAUUCUUUGGUCUUUACUGUUACCAAUGUAAUUCUAAAAAUGUCCGGCUUGUAGUGAUGAAUAACUUGCUUCCAUCGUGGGUAAAAAUGCAUCAGAAGUAUGACUUGAAAGGGUCCACAUACAAAAGAAAGGCUUCAAAGUCCGAGAGGUUAAAAAAGUCUCCAACCUACAAGGACCUUGACUUCAUGGAGCACCACCCUGAUGGGAUCUACCUGGAGGCUGAUACGUACAGCGCUCUGAUAAAGACAAUACAGAGGGACUGUCGGGUGCUUGAGAGUUUCAAAAUCAUGGAUUACAGCUUACUAGUAGGCAUUCACAACCUAGAUCAAGCAACGAGAGAAAAGAUUGAGCAGAAAAACGAAGAGAAACUCGCAGCUGAGAAGUCAAGGGCUGAGAAACCAGCGGUGGACGAAGAGCCUGCCGUGUCUGUGGCUGCUCCUAGUGGAACUUCUUUGAAUAGAAGUAGAUCCAUUAAUCGACAGAGACUGGUUGCCCAUUCCACAGCUAUGGAGAGUAUUCAGGCUGAGAGUGAACCAAUUGAUGAAGAGGACGAUGUACCGCCUGGCGGCAUCCCAGCAAGAAACGCAAAGGGAGAACGGUUACUUUUGUAUUUAGGCGUCAUUGACAUUCUUCAGAGCUAUCGGCUACAAAAGAAACUGGAGCACACAUUCAAAUCAAUAAUUCACGACGGGGACACGGUCUCUGUCCAUAGACCUGGCUUCUAUGCGCAGAGAUUCCAAGAUUUCAUGGCGAAAACUGUCUUCACCAAAAUCCAGUCCCUGGACUUGCCUGCCAUUAAGGGUAACCAUCGCAAGUUCCGUACCCUCGUGACAAGCUAUAUAGCUUUAAAGGAUAUGUUAGCUUUGAAGCAUUCCCCAUCCAAGCGCAAGAGUCUGAACCAGGCGCAGCAGCCGGUCAGUUUGGUUCAGCGCGUGUUGAACGCAAACAGGGCAGCGCAGGAGGACGCCGGCACUUUCGCAGCCGCCGACAACUCUCCGCCGUCCGAAGAGGUCAAAAGUCCGACCGAGUCGACGGCCAGCGUGGCCGCAGCGACGCCCGCGGCAGCCCCCUCAGCCGCCGCUGUCGCAUCCACAGCGCCCGCUGCCGUGUCCACUGCUGACCAAGGCCAUCAUGGUGCUUCAAGUCAGACCACAAGCAAGCCUGCGAGUCCAGUGACACCCAGUCCCAUUCCGACCUCCCUGUACUCGGAGUCGCCGAUGGCAGCCGGCUCAACGUGUUCGUCGGCGCACAACUACCCUGCCGUGCUGAAGGACCGCCCGAAGAGCCGCGUGCCGCCACCGGUGCCGCCGCGCUCGCCGAACCGUGGCGGCGGCCGCCACAUGGCGCAGCACCACCUGCACCAACGGCCCGGAGGACAUACUGGGAGUUUGCAUCUUUCAUCAGAAGGCUAUGGGAGUGGGACGGAUGAAAAUAGUAGUCAAUCACCUAGACACGUGUCGAUAUCCGCCAGUCACGUCCUCGUGUCAAGAUCUUCAGCCUACCACCGAGAGGACAACAUUAGGAUACAGAGAUUCCGCACGCUGAACCAACGAACCUAUUCUAGUGUAAGCGAAAUGACCAACAAGUCGUCCUCGCUGAGCGUCGAGUCAGCUGGCUCCGGCCAUCGGUCCAACAUCACGUGGACGCCACCCGCGUCCGUCGAAGGCAGCACCCCCACUUGGACUGAAGGCACCCCCUCGUUCACCGAGUCCUCCAGCAGUGGAGACCUUGAGGGCCACUUCCGCGGCAGUUUUCAUUCGUCUUCGUCGAGAGGCUCUCGAAGUGGUCGGAGCAGUGCCACCGGUUGCCCCACAACACCAGCCAGAAGUUUGAACCAUAGCAGAGGUGGAAGUGAAGGAGGUGCCCAAAGUGUUGCUGACGACUUUGACGACCUGGACGACGACGCAGCUGAAAUUGGAUUCUACCGGGGUCGAGUGUGAAGAUCGAAUCCACUUCUGCGGGCUUCCACUCCCUUCGACUAACAAGCACAUUCAUUCCUUUCGCUUUGCCACUCGACGACAAACUGACCCUGUGUACCACCUAUCCAAGUUCUGCCACUCACACAGUCAGCGGCUCUAAUCAAUACUUGCAAUAUUAACUCCAGCCUCUCUAGUACCGUUACGAAACACACACACACACACGCAUUACUAACAAAAAUAUCAGACGAACAAAGUAAUAUUCACAUUAAUAAAUGACUGUUGAUCUCAUUGUAUGGGAUUCGCUUAAAUAUAUGAUAUAUUAUACUAUAGUGGAUGUUAUAUAUGAUACCUAUCGGAGGUUAUAUUCAUCUUUUGAUUCGCUCGAUCGUUUCCACUCUUCUACCGAGUAAUUUGGUGUGUGACAAUAUUUUGAAAUGCUCACUUUUUCGUCGUCGCGACCGAAAAUCGUUUUGAUUUUCCUAUAUAUAACAUAAUGCUAUAUAUUAUAUGGAUUCCGAGCGUAAUAACAAUUGCUACACUACACACUACUCCUCCAAGUCUAGCCGAACAGUUGUUUCCGUCACUGCGAUCUCCGAGUACAUUACAUGUUGCUUGUGCUGGUCUCUCGUUUGUCCACGUGUUUUGCAUAACAUUGACGAAAUCGUGCCUAUUUAAGUGUACUUGGGCCUCGUCUCGACGACGACCUGGCCACGCCGCGUCUAAUCUAAAUCGAAUUUAAUUUCACCUUGGUCGAUCAGCCGUGUCAGCUACAUUCAAGAGGAACUGGAAAAAGUUCAAUUUUAAGAGUGCCAAUCGAUUGCUGAGGGUCGAAUUAGGAUUGCUAUAUUCGAAAAUUCAACAUGACGUGUUAGGUACUUGCAAAAUCGCAGAAAGGUUACUUUGGCGGUUGUAUUUGUCUGAAAAAUGCCACAAGAACGGUUCUCUUUUGACCUGAUUCAAAUUGAUCCUCAGGAAUCGAUUGGUUCUGUCAUCUUGUGCUACUUAAAAAAAGAAGAAAAUAAUUAGUGGAGUGGCCAGGUUUGUUUUUGAAUUCAAAGCUCGAGGUCGGCGGCCCGACGAGCCUCCUUGGCCGUUGAUUAUUCAAGGGAAUACAUAGCUCAGGCUCCGUAGUGAUUCGGUUCUUUCAUUCUCACUACGUUAGUUUGCGGGGCCACGGCUAUUUUGAUAACUCGUAUGUGGUGUACUACAAAAUAAUAGAUAAAAAGAGAGAACUCCCUAAGUGAGAUUAGCUUCGUUAGCCAGUUGCAAAUGUUGAUCGAUUGCGUUUUUCAAAUGUUAUAUUGUUGAAUGAAUCGUAGACUUGAGGUUAAUUAACGCAUACUACUAUAAAACUAAAAAUACGGGACCUAUAUUAACGUGGGAAGGCGUAGUGGACAUAUAUAGUGAAAACUGUUGCUGAGAAAAACCCCGGCCAACGGCGUGCGUUAGCAACCGAAAACUUGUCUCCCUCUCUUUUCCCUCUCUUUCGACACGCUACUCGUGUUUGUUGAACAAAUUCUUGUCGCUUUUCUGGACCGUGGUAGUCAAUGUUAUGCCCUCGAAAGUGAUGUUGUACCAUAUCUACCGCAUAGGCAUGUCAUCAGUGUUCACCGUUCAGUUCGCUCUGGCAAACUCGAAAUGCGACCAAGAAAUAAAUCCAAUAUAUUACAUUUGAUUUGGAUUUAUAAAAUCCAAUUUGUUAAAUAGCGGGAGUAAAAAUUUAAAAUAAAAAAAUGUGACUGCCAGUACUACUAGAAUCUUACUUUUGACAGUGCCAAUCGAUUUCUGAGGGUCAGGUAGCCGUAUCACUUGGUCGACAUUUUGUCACGACGUGCCAAAAAUGAGCGGAAAAGUUACUUUGGCGGUUUUUAAUCUUGAUUGGUCGCCGUUCAGACCAUAAACCGCCAGAGUGUCGGUUUUUACGUUUCCAGCACGUUGUGUCGAAUUUUUGACUAGCCCAACCCCAAGUCAACCCUCAGUAAUCAAUUAGCUUUGUAAAAAGUUAUAUUCCAGUGCUACUUGAAAAAAUUAAAAUUUUUCAAUACAAUUGCCUUUCACGCUCGAGGUUGUUCUUCGAUUUGCCGGCGAAAUUAAUUCAACUUGAUCGGGUUCUAAUUUUCCUACGGGCCGUGAGAAACGUAGGUCAUUACUGGUUGUUGAAAUCUUGAUGUAUCCGUGCGCCUACUCUGAAUUGCAAGCAAACAACUAACACGGGAAAUAAUGCUCUGUUGAAUUGAUUUACCUUGUCAGUGUGUUCACGAAAACUGUUAUAACCAAAUUACAAUAAAGUUUAAGAAAAUAUACUAACCGCACGUUUUUGCCUGUACUCGAACCCGAGCAUGAUGAUUGAAAAACCAACCAUUUUCUUUUGCAGACGCACUUGUGAGCGAACCCUGAGGCAACUACUGUAGCGAGACCCGCGAAAAUGUUGAUUUUCCUUUUUUUUCUGCGCGCAGGACACAACCUAGUUUUCUCUAUUUUUUGUUUUGGUUGAUUUGGAAUUGAUUCGAUCUCAGUCAAACUGCUACUUGAUAUAUUUUGUUGAACCCACCUCUUUUGUUGUGUAAAUAAUGAACACCGCACUACUUUGACAUUCAUACUGUGUAAAGCGAGAGCCACAUCACAUAUUGUAAUUAUGCGAUACAGCUCUCUUUGUUAUUGUUAUGCGUCCAUUCCUGUUUGUACUAUUUAUUUUAUUAAUUAGUGUAAAGAUGAAACGUAUCGAUGUAUAUUGUAAAAUAAAAACAACGCAAAAUGUUACGAAAAAAA